GAUGAAGUUUGUCUGCGUGUCUCCAUGUACAGACCUUCUUUCACCAUCUUGUUCCAGCCAGGGACAAUGUCGAAGGACAAACAAAAGAAUGUGAACCGAGAGGUUCGCAUCGGUAAGCUCUGUCUGAACAUCUGCGUUGGAGAGUCUGGUGACAAACUUACUCGUGCUGCCAAGGUGUUGGAGUCUUUGACUGGUCAGAAGCCUGUGUACUCCAAGGCUCGCUACACUGUCCGUUCCUUUGGCAUCCGCCGUAAUGAGAAGAUUGCAGUGCAUUGCACAGUAAGAGGACCUAAAGCAGAAGAGAUUUUAGAGAAGGGCUUGAAGGUUCGUGAGUACGAGUUGCGCCGUGACAACUUCUCUCAAAAUGGCAACUUUGGCUUUGGUAUCCAGGAACACAUUGACUUGGGUAUCAAGUAUGACCCUGCCAUUGGCAUCUUUGGUUUGGACUUCUUUGUUGUGCUCCAGCGUCCAGGUUAUCGGGUAGCAAAGCGCCGCCGUAGUCCAGGCAAGAUUGGCCCACAGCAUUGUUUGGUGAAGGAGGAUGCUAUCAAGUGGUUCCAGACUAAGUAUGAGGGUAUCAUCCUACCUGGCAAGAAGAAGUAAAUUUUUGUUUAAUUAAAGAAAAAAAAAAAAAAACAUUUUCUUAACCUACAUAUAUCAUGAUUGUAUAAGUUGUUGUCAAGUUUCAAAAAUGAAAAAGCUGUGAGCACAUACCAUUAGUAUGUGAUAAAAACUGCCUGUAAGGGUUGGACAUACAAUUCUCUAUAAUCUGGGAAUAAGAUUGCUAGUUUGUCUCAUAAAACUGAUGAAUAAAGCAUUGCUGAAUAUAAAGAAAGUUUUUUCAUGAAUUUGUAGGAUGACUGAAAUAUAAAUUAAACUUGUACUCUACUGUAAUUUACUGUACUUGCCCAUGAGCCACAUUAAGAUAGCUCUCGUAUCUUUAAAGCUACUAACCCUGUGGGUUUUACUGCACCCUUCCAUUUCAUUUAUCAUCUUCCAUUUGUAUGGUAUAAAAUAUAUUUACUACAUUUCA